AUGUCUUCAAAUGAGGAACCCGAAGCACUACCAGUGGCUGCAACCUCAUUCCCACAAUUGUCCUUCCUCCCUGCCGAAAUACGUGAAGUGAUAUGGCAAGCCGCAGCCUUCCCUCGCAUCGUAUACCUCGAAGUCAUCAAGGAGCCGGAACACUACUGCUCUCGAGUCUGGUCGCAGACUUCAAUUGGAGAUCCUCAUAGCAUGGCCUUCUUCGAUCUCGACCACCAAUCUAAAGACGCCAGAGGGAGCGCUGCGCCAAUCAUGUCCGGGUUUGGCUUGCAGAGCAGGAGUGUGCCGGAACUGUUCUACGUGUGUGUGGAGUCUCAUAAGAUUGCCAGGACAAUCUACACCAAAUGCUUUGGCACGAAGACUCAUCCACCUAAUGCUUAG